AUGGGCCUCUCAUACAACAUCGAAAAGCUCGCCGAAAUGGAGUCCCUCGACAACGUCAACCCGAACGAUCCAAACGCCCCAAAGGUAAACAACGACGAAUUCCGCGGGGGCUAUUUCAGCAUACUGCCAGACGCCGAGCCCAGGUUCGAAUUCGGGCUCAUGCAGCUCCCCUUGGACGUUAUGGCCUUUGGCCGCGGCAGAUUCAAAGGCUUGCUGCGUAUCCCUGGGUUUGUGCGCGUCGAGCCAACAGAUGCCCACCCGCUUGAGAAGAUGUGGCCGGUGGGAUGGAAGGAGCUGCAUCUGCGAGGCCGGCAGGGAUAUUUGCCCAGGAUUCUGCCGAAGGUUGGGAACGUGGGCCAUGGGUUCUGGUGGGAUGAGAAGGAUCCGGAGCUUCUUAUGCGAGGGUUCGGUAGGGUGGUUGAGGUGUGGGAUGUGUCCUUUAAUGUUGUUUCGGCGGGCAAUCACGAUAAAUCUGAUGGGUAG